AUGAUUCUUCUCAUUGAUUCGUAUGACUCGUUCACGAAUAAUCUAGCUCAUUUACUCAAAGAAAAUGUCAAUCGAGAGGUCAUAACCAUUCAUAAUGAUUCAUUUGCAGAACAUGAAUACGAACAGUUCUAUAAUGAAUAUUUGCCAUAUUUCGAUUUCUUAGUCAUUGGUCCUGGUCCAGGAAGUCCUUCCAAUGAGAAAGAUGUUGGGAUCAUCAAAUUUUUAUUCCAGAAAUUCAAACAAUCUACAUCUCCAGUUAUACCGGUAUUGGGUAUAUGUCUUGGAUUUCAAUGCAUGUGUUAUUCAUUUGGUAAUCAGAUCAAUAAAUUGGAAAAUGUAAAGCAUGGUCAAGUAUAUGAUAUAUAUCCCAUUGAGACUGGGUCCGACCUAUUUACGGGGAAUGUCCUUAAACAAUUCGGUAGUGUAAGGUAUCAUUCCUUAUUUGUGGAUGGAAUAAACGAUGAGAUUGAACCAUUGGCAUACUGUUUCGAGAAUAAUGAUUCCUCGGAUGAAAAAUCAAAAGUGUUAAUGGCAGGUAAACAUAAAUCACUUCCAUUUUAUGGGGUUCAAUAUCAUCCCGAGUCAAUUUGUUCUCAUGAAGGUGCUAAUCUUGUAAAGACCUUUUCCAACAUUGCUAAUGAAUACAAUCAAUCAUCAAAGCGUGAAAUAGUGGCUCAUCAUGUUGAUAAAUUACCCUCUGCAUUUAAAUCACAUACUGUCCAUGAAGGAUAUUUGAUUCCAGAUGGAUCUAUAAAGGCUGGAACCCGGGGAUCCCAUGAUAUCUAUUUGAAGAAAUUUGUCUUGGAUGAUGAUAUCUUUCCUACCGAUUUAUGUAAUUUCUUCCAUAAUGAAGAAAAGUCAUUUUUAUUAUUGAAUUCAGCUUCACUUCCAGGAGAAUGGUCUAUUAUAGGUUUGCCUAUUACUGGUAAAAGUGAAAUAAUUACUCAUUCUGUGGACAAUUCAACAGUCACGGUAGAGUCGGAUGGUUUUAAAAGUACCCAAGUGUUGGACAAUUCAACUGAGUUAUGGAAGUCAAUUGGUAUUAAAAUGAAAGAUAAAUACAUUUCAAGAGAAGAAAUCAAGUCUCAAUUAGGUGCAUACCAUUCUCGAGAUUUACCAUUUGUUGGUGGGUAUAUGGGAUUAAUCUCUUAUGAAGAAGGUCAACAUAUCGUCUUGGAUAAAAUGGAAUCGAUUUGUAAAGAAAGCACUCCAGAUUUAAAGUUAAUAUUCAUCGAGAGAUUCAUUGUAUACGAUCAUGUUACUUGUGAAUGGUUUUUGGUGUCUAUUCUUGGUGAAGAUGGUCAAUGGUGUGAUAAUUUAUAUAAUAAUAUCAUCGGUGCAUCCAAAGAGAAAUUAAAGAUUUCUAUAAACGAUAUCCCCAGCUCAAUUAAAGGGUAUGUGGAUUCACAGGAUGAAGAUUUAGUUAAUUUCGAUUUUCCCUCCAGAGAGACUUAUGAAAAGCAGUUUACUCGUUGUCAAGAGUACUUACAUUCCGUAUUAACCCUUAAAAAGAAUCCAUCUCCAUUUUCAUGCUUUAUGGAAUUUGAUGAUUGUGUGAUUAUUUCCUCUUCUCCAGAAAGAUUUUUAUCUUGGAAAGAUAAUCAAGCUGGUAACAAAGAGAUCGAACUCAGACCAAUCAAAGGAACAGUCAGAAAUACUCCCGAUGUUGAUAUUGAAUUGGCCACUAAGAUCUUAAAGACUCCAAAGGAGAUGGGUGAGAAUUUAAUGAUUGUUGAUCUUAUCAGACAUGACUUGUAUCAAUUCACCGAUGUAGUUGAAGUAUCACAAUUAAUGGCCGUUGAAGAAUAUAAAACAGUUUAUCAAUUAGUCAGUGUUAUUCGUGGUCAAUUAGAAAAAGAAGGUUAUCAUGGGAUUGAUGUCUUACAUAACUCAUUACCUCCAGGAUCUAUGACUGGUGCCCCAAAGAAAAGAUCGAUUGAAUUGUUACAUGAUAUAGAAGCAAUGCAAGAAAAUGGACAUCCUGGUGGGAGAAGAGGAAUAUACAGUGGUGUGGUUGGUUAUUGGUCUGUAACUGAUGAAGCAGAUUGGUCUGUCAUUAUCAGAUCUGUGUUUCAUUAUACUGACGAUAAAGAAAACACCACCAAAACAAAACUUUGGAGAAUAGGAGCAGGAGGAGCUAUAACAGUUCUUAGUAAUUCUGAAGAUGAAUGGGAUGAAAUGGAACUUAAAUUGGUUAGUGCUUUACAAGCCUUUAAAUAGAAAACAGUUGCAACCUAAGUUUUGCAAUUCAUAUAAUUAUUAUGUACAUAUAUAGAAGUAAAUCAUACUGUAAAUAGAAAUAAAGAAAU